AUGAAGGCAGGCAAGUGGUCACUGAGAGAAUCACGCAAAGUCCAACAUUCUGAGAUAUUUUUAGCGUGGGAAACUAAUAUCCAGUCUAGGAUGUUUCCUGAAGAGUUGUUUUUGUUAGGUCUAUGUAUCUUAACUGGCACAUGGAUGAAUGACUACCACUGCAAUGUCACAAUUGGGAAAGUUGAUGCAGAUAGCAUCUUUCGAGGAAACUUUUAUAUUCCAGUACCAGGAAGCAGAGGAGUAGAAAGUAAAGGAUAUCCUCUAAUUGGUAUUCAGAAUCUCGGUGCUUCUCCAACCUUUGCAUUUGUGGUCAACGUGGCACCUACAAAUAGUGUAUCUGGUCUUGUGGGUCAGUGCUUCAUAAAUAAGACUACUGGAAAAGAGAUCCUGAAGACAAAAUGGAUUCUUCGGACAAGUGCUGCAGAUAUUAGUGAUGACUGGAAACAGACUAUGGUGUUUUUAAGUAUUGUCACAGUUCUGAAGGAGUCCAGGAAGGACGAAAACACUUGA